AUGGGCAGUCUUGAUAACAUCAUUCCUCCAUUCCCAGAUGAUGUGCCUACCGUGCCGAUUGCCCGGAUCUCAUAUUCUAAGCUGAAAUGCUCGGAUGAAAAUGAGAUGAUCAAAGUUCUCAACGCUUCUCAAUCAGACGGAUUCUUCUAUCUUGAUCUCAUCGAUGAGCCCGUGGGACAAUCUCUUCUGAAUGACACUGAAGAUGUCCUUACUAUCUCAAAACGCGCUCUCAACAUCCCUCUCGAUCAAAAGAUGGAGUGCGUCGCAGAGCGGGGCAAAGAAAUGUUCGGCUACAAACCCGCUGGGGCAGUGAAGCAGACCGAUAAAGAUGCACGACUCGAUACAACAGAGUUCUUUAACGUGAGCAAAGAUCACUUGUUAGGAAAGUCUGAGUCACGAAAUUAUCCUGCAGAGAUCACCAAUCAGUGGAAGGAUUUGGGGAGGUUUGCUCAGAAUUGUCACUCUUUGGGACUUAUGAUCCUUCGUGUCUUAGCAGAACAACUCGACCUACCGUCUGAUGAGUUUGCGAAAAGGAACAAGAUUUCCUCGAUUUCGGGAGACCACAUCAGAAUGACCAAGAUGCCGGGUUGCGACUUUGUGGAUAGUGAAAGAAUUGGUCUUGCCUCCCAUACCGACUUUGGCAGCAUUACCGUGUUGUUCAAUUGGGUUGGCGGCCUACAGAUACAAUCUCACGAUCCCUCCGAAUAG